CUGUCUUCCUAAAGCUGCUCAAAUCUGUUAGUCCAUCCACCCCUAACAUGGCAGAGCUGGUCUUGGAAGAGGCGGACCUGAGAAACAUACCGACUUCCUCCUUUUCCUUUCCCUUCUGGGCUUUACGCAGAGACCAGAGACAGCCUAUGGGAUUGUGGGGAGGGUCUCUAGUGUGGGAAGGUAACUGGAGGACAGACAUUUUCAUGGCCUCAUUGAAAGAGAUGGACAAAGGCAACUCUGUGAAGCUUGUCCUGACUGUCAACGGGCAGCUGCUCAGAGGAAUCUCCAGCAGUACGCCCACCCACCCGUUUCUCGUCCCGGAGACUAUUCAGUCACCAGUGCUCCCAGCAGAUGAUGUGCCCCUCAAUCAGGAGCUGGAGGACCCUACUAUGGUUAAAAAUCAGAGCUCAGAGAAGACUGUUAGAGUUUCCAGGCCUGGGGGGAAGGACUUCCCUGCACCACUGAGAAAACCAGUGGUACCCUGUGCCCUGAAGCCACCACCUGGCAAUACGGAACCCAGUGAGUCCUGGAGGAGGAGUCCUGCCCAGCUUAGGAACCCUAGGAAGGUUUUAUUUGAACCUAGAGCAUCUGAGAGAGAACUGGAUGAAGAAGAUUUGGCGGUGGAGGAGUUGCAAGGCAGUCCCAGCCCACGAUGGUGCCAUGCCAUGUGCCUCAGUGAUCCAGGAACAGCUGUUCUGAUCGGUGGAGAAGGUGUCAAUCAGCAGUCUUGCAAGGAUGUGCUCUGGAAAAUGGAAAUCGACAGUGAUUUCUGGUUUCCAGUGGAUCUCCAACUACGAGAUACCAUGCCAUCGUGCUUGCGUGGUCACACUGCUACCUAUGACCCAGACACCAAGCGUAUCUACAUCUUUGGGGGCGUAAAGGAGGACGAAGAUUACAGCAGCAUCUACAUCCUGGACACGGUCACUUGGAAAUGGUUCCUUGUAGCUGCUAAGGGGAGAAUGCCAAUGCUAGCCUACCACAGUGCAACCAUCUACCGCAAGGAGCUCUUUGUUUUUGGGGGGGCUUUCCCCAAAAUGGCAUCACUCGCUGUUGGACCCUGCAGCAAUGUGCUCUAUGUCUUCAAUCCAGAGUAUGAAAUUUGGUACCAGCCCAUCUUAGAAGGGGAGAAGCCUCUUCCUAGACUCGGGCAUUCAGCUACUCUACUGAGGAACAAGCUGCUGAUUUUUGGGGGUCAGAGGACUUCUGUCUACCUCAGUGACAUGCACAUCUUGGAUUUGGGUUUCAUGGAGUACACACCAGUCCCUUUCCUCGCAGGACAACCUUCUGCACGUUGUUUCCACGCUGCUAUGGCUGUGUCAGAUCAGAAGGUUCUGAUCAGUGGAGGCUGCAAUGCCAAGGGAGCCCUGCAGGAUACCUUUGUUUUUCACCUAGACACUCUUGCAUGGAGCACAGUGAUCAACCAUGACCUCUGCUCUGUGCCCCGAGCUGGCCACACAUUGCUUGACUUGACUCCUGCCCACCUGACAGACGUGGACAAGGAGAACAAAGAUGAGCAUAACCUGCAUACAGUGUUGGUCUUUGGGGGCUCCAACUGUGCUGGGACCUUCUACAACAGCACAGUCAAGAUCCAGCUGGACCUAGAGUAAAGCACAGGACUGAGAACAAGUCUGAAACAGCAAAGGCUCUUUGCCAAGGUAAAUUCAAACAGGGAUGGCAAUAAAUUAAUCCAAGCAACCUGGCAGUCCAAGUUUCUAUUUCUAGGUGAACACCAUCCUUGGCAUAAGAGGCCGUUGGUUUGUAAUACCUUUAUGAAUACUGUCGGUAUUGCCCUUUUAGGGCUGCUGGAUAUACAGCAUCGGACUGGCAGAAAUUCCCUCCCACAUCCCUGGCUUGGUACCUGGACUUGGAUGCCAAAACAACAGUGGCGGAGCCUGCACAGGAUCAUGGACAGUCACAGGCUUUUGGUUUCCCUUCUUGCCCUAUAGGUUUCUGGGCUGGCAUCCCAGGGUUCUCUCAGCUGUGAAGGUGACUCAGGUGUUUGGUUUUAUCUGAGAUGAGUGGAAUGGGAUUUGUUUGCUGUCACUUGGGAGUUCCUCACAGUGAAAGUACCACCAUGCUUCUGGCUUGGAGGGAAUCUGGGGUUCCCUUGGAAACAGUCUGCAGCUGAGGACUAAGAAAGCACCCAGGGCAGAGUCUGAGGAUGGGAAAAGGAACAGAACACCAUUGUUUUCAUCAUAAGGGAGUGAGCUGGUUGUGUUGUCUCGGUGACUGUGGCACAACCACUUUGUUUUGCUCCAGACAGGCCUUUAUUCUGCAAGGUUACUGCUGGACAAAGGGAAGAGGUACAAAUUGGCUAUCCCAGGUAGUAAUUCUCUUGUCAUUGCAAGGGGUGGCAGAGUGACCUAGUUAACGACUGGGUCUUACAAAAGCAAAGGGACCCAACAAUGGCUCUCAGGUUCCCGGAGUCUCUUCUGUCAGGGCCUAUCCCUUACUGUUUAUAUCCAUGGCAUUGAUAAUUAUGCCAUAGCUCUGAGGAAGGUGCAAGGACAAGCAGGCCUACUGAGUUAGCAGCAGCAUCCUGUGCAGUUGUUCCCUGAUGAUCUUUCCAUGGCUGGUGGAAAGGAGAACCUUCUGUGAGGAGUCUAGAAUUGGCUAGAUGCUCCAUAGAUGUUUUUGGCUACAUUCCUCAGCCCCAAACCAUACAAAAGGAGCUUCUGAGAGUUAUGGAUGCUUCUCUUUUAAUCUGCUUCAUAAAGAGAUAUAACAUAGAAAAACAUAAUCAGAAGCAGCUGCAGUCUUUCCAGCACAGUGAUAGCUCUUGUGAGUCCUUCCUCAAUUCCAUCUA